CAGAUUAUGAGAUUGAACAUUUAAUUUUUUCCAAAUAGGGAUAAACGGGUCCACAUCGGAAAAGUAAAACCCUAUCAUUCUAAUUAAUUCCUGAUUUAACGUAAUCAUUAAUUAAAAUUUCAAAACGCAAAAUGGAAAUCUGCAAAAUCUUCAUUUUUUUUCUCCUUAUGAUAAUCGGGGGAUUUGUGAAUAAUGAAAGUUUAAAUUAUCCGAUUAUUUGGAGAGAAUCAAACCACGAUAUCUCCACGCAAUUGAUAAAAGCGGAUAUUCUGAUCCAUCUAGGAUCGCCAUGUGACAUCUUGGAACAGAUUAAAAAAACAAACGAUUCGAAUAUUCGGAUUCGCAAAAGGCCGGCAUAAGAUGUUGCUUUUUCAUUUGGAUAUAGAUAAUCCAAUCAAAUGGAAAACCAAAGCCGAUUCUAUCCCGUCUGUCCUGAUGGUGGAAAGAUCUUCAUCUCUAAAAGCCAAUGGAUUGAAAAUAAUUCUUGAACCCAUGUUCGAGGAUCUGAAACUCCUUGCGCAAAAUGGCAUCUAUUUUCCAAAUCACAACACUACCUUGUUGGUUCAGUUAGCUUAUGUAAUUGGUGACAACCUUUCAGUUGCUGAGCUACUAGGUUUUAAACGAACAUUUGGAAAAUACUUGACAUGCAGAUAUUGUUCCAAGUGAGGAAUGAUUUCUGUCACAUCAAUUUGGAGAACAACAUUCCGAUCAACCAAAAACCGUAUCGUACAGCAGUGGUGGAUCAGAAACGAAUCGACGCCCAGAUUAAUGAUCUAUUAGAUCAAAAUCUAAUUCGAAGAUCUACUUCGGAUUAUUCAUUUCCCGUGGUUCUAGUGAACAAGAAAGACGACGGCGAGAAAUCAAGAUUAUGCGUCGACUUCCGAAAACUGAAUACCAUCACCAUCCCGGAAAGAUACCCCAUGCCAAACAUCAAAGAUAUCGAGGACCGACUCCUAGGGGCUAAGAUUUUCGCCACAUUGGACAUAUCAUCAGGUUUUCAUCACAUACCGGUAGCCGAAGAAGACAAGCGAAAAACAGCCUUCGUCACAAUGCAUGAACACUUCGAAUGGAAUGUAAUGCCAUUCGGACUGAAAAACGCUCCGGCGAUUUUCCAGAGAAUAGUGUACAACAUACUAAAAAGAAACGGCCGACAAAAUUCGCCAAAAAUUGGAAUCCAAGUUAUACAAAAUUCUUACAUUUUUGUUUACAAACGACAAAAUCGUAUUGCAGAUAUGGCCCCACUAGAUUUGCCAGUGGAACAUAACCUAGCGGAUGAUGGUGAAAUCAACAACCAUAACAAUGGUGAAAUCAACAACCAUAACAAUGGUGAGAUCAACAACCAUAUCAAUGGCGAGAUCCACAACCAUAUCAAUGGUGAGAUCAACAACCAUAUAGCCCAAGAAGAAGAACAACGACGGUUCGAUCAUUGGGCUGCACGUUAUGUCGCUCAUAUCAUAUACUGGUUUCAAAAUGGACCUCUUUGGAUUCGAGAAGAUGCGGCCAGGAGAUUAGGCCUAGUUACGGCACAGAAUCCUCGGAUGCGUGAGCUUCAUGAAGUAAGACAAUUCCACGUCUUCAGGAAUGGGGUGGUUGCACCCGAGUUCUGGGAGCCAGUUGAAAUGGUGAAUGGUCAUAACCCUGCGGGCGAUAACCCUGAACAUGUCGAGAACCAUAACGGAGAACAAUGAUUAUUAUGGUGGAUGAAUAGUGGAAAUCAAAGAAAUUGAUAUGACCAUCGACGUGGAUUCGGAGGAAAUAGAAGAAGUCGUGAUUUUCCUAUUUUGUGAUAUUCCAUAAGAUUAUAUUUUUGUUUACAUUUUCUUUUGUGGUAUAUAUUUUUUUUUACACGUAUUUUUUUUUCUUUUAUCCACAUCAUACAGACAUAUUUUCGAUAUUUUUUUUCCUUAAGAAUUACUUGUAAACCAAAUUGAAUCUUUAGAAUCUGUAUUGAAUAUUCUGAAUCAUCUUGAAAUAAAAGAAAUUAUUUUGAAGCCCCCCUUUAUUGAAUUCGUUGAAACGAUUUUUCUCUAUUAUUAACGAAGUUGGCGAAUUAAUAUCCAUUUCCAGUGUCAUGAGAAUUCCCCAUUGCUGCACCCUAGAAUCCUGUAUUGAGUGACAUUCACAAAUACAGUGAAAUCUAGAAAGGGUAGACGUACAUGACAUAUAUGUGUGUGUCUUUUCUUCAUUAAUGUCAGAAUUUUGUCUAAUGAAAUUGACCAAAUUAAAACUAAUAAGCAAUAUAAGAGCCCGUUCGGAAUUGAGUUUCCGUCCCCGUUUCUGGAUUUAGGGAUGAACAUUUUCAAGAUAUCACCACCCGAUAUCUUUCAUGAUUUUUUGGAAGGUGUUCUUCCCGACGUCGUGCAAGUAAUCGCACAAAAAUCAGGAAUAAGAAAAAAGAAUCUAAUUUCCCGAAUCAAGCAAAUAAAAUGGGUCAAUGGCCCAGUUUCCGUUAUUAACCAAUUGGAAAUAUGCGGAAAUGCUGUCCAGAAAUUAGAGUUCUUUUUCAGACUGAUUGAAAUUUAUCCAGAAUGGCUGAAUAAUCCACCAAACAUUUUUCCACUUUACGAGGUGGUUCGAAAAACAGUUUUUAAAAUCUGUUCUCCAUCGAGCAUUUAUGAUUAUAGCCUCUUUAGAUCAGAGGUGGAAAAAUUCGUAGAGAUGAUGAAAAUCAAUGAGAUAAAAAGAGCAAAAGCUCAUUUUAUCUCUCAUUAUCCUUCAUUGGUUGGAUUUUAUGGUGGCAGUUUAGUAUCGUAUUCAUCUAGAAGAUUCGAACGAAAAAAUAAAGAGGUGAAAAGCCUCAUUUUGCAUUCAAGAAACUUCAAAGAU